GCGGGAGGUUCGAUUACAAAGCAGCAGGAACUAAUACCGGCACUGCAAAAGCUUCUUUUGGGACAAUGGCGAAUAAGAUUCACAUUCCGCAGUCAUACUUUCGAAGACUUAGGAAGUGGUGUUCUCGACAGGCCAGGAGAUUCUGCUGCAUAUCUCGAGUAGCGGUUGACAAGGACUACCAUUACAAGGAGACACAGAGAAAAGAAAUUCCCACAACCUCAGAGAAUGGGUUACAAAAGCCUGUCCUGGACUUAAAGAGAUUCCUUACCCCGACCCCAGGGGACUACAGCACACACCCUGGGGCUGCUGUAUGUGGGUGUGGUACCCCGUCCGGGGAACACCCUCUCCUCCCUUCAAGAUCUGCCCACGCCGCCCAUAGUGCCAAAGAACUCGCACCCAUGUCCAGUCAGUCAUGUACAGAGGUCAAGGACAACGUGGAGGUGUCUGGCCAGCCUGAAUGCAGACACUCGGUCCUCGGACACUUCCACCAAGGUCAUAUUCCAGAAGUAUGGAGCCCGUCAAGACAUCCAGGCACCCAGUGCACCUCGGUGGCAUUGUCCGCCAUUGUUGCUAGUGCAGUUGUCCCUGCUGGUCUGUGGACUCCAGCUACACUGGACGGGGUCCUCGUGAUGGGCGACCGUCUUCACGACGCCAUCCUCGGCACCCUGGGAAGCUGGGCUCCUUCCAGCAAACAUCUGGCAGCCGAUGAGAUGGUGGAGGAGCCUGAAGACUCCCAGUCGAAAUGGCCUGUCCGGUGUGGUCGGGUCUGCGAGAUCCAGGGACUUCUGUACCCUGGCAGCAUGGACACUAACUCCCUAAGGAGUCAGCUGACCUGGGAAUGGAUGCCCGGCCAGCCCCUCAGGGAGUUUGGGGAUGCCGUGGGGAGGGUGUUCAACGCCCAGGACUGCCAGGGUGCCAUUAUUACCCUUGAUGGCAGAAGCUCGGCCCUGCUGCAGAAUCCUGCUGGAGGCUGGAUGGUUGUCGACAGCCAUGCCAAGGAUGUUUUAGGUGCCACUAACGUUGACGGGAAGUCGAGCCUCCUCAGGUUUCCUUCCCUGAGUCACGUGGUGGCCUACUACAGUGGUAUGGCUGUUAGACCCACCCAGUACUCGAUGACAGGGUUCAAGGUCGAGCCGAUGUCAGAAGGGGGAUAAUCAUCCCAGCAGUAUCCUCCCCUGGCAUUCGGGUGGACUGCCACCCGGAGGUGCAUGUGUCCCGGUGAGGAGACGGCAAGACAUGAUGCUUUCUGAUGACGUACGUUCUGAACGGUGUUGCGACAGUAUGCAUGGCCAGGCUACACUAACAGACUAACUGCGUCCUAACAAGACACGAGGGCACAAUUCACUUCCCUAAACGGUCUUACGAGACUGACAUCGUGCAGGGCAAUCAUUCUCCCCUUUGAAGGACUGAACAGAGAGGGUUGAUCCCACCCUG